AUGUUUUUGGAAACUGUUCAAGCUUUAUCGGGUGUGAUAGAGGAGCAUCGCCUCGAACAUCGCCGAGGUGAAAGUGGUCGAAUAUCACGCCCUUUCGGACUUAAAGGAACAGAUCGCCGCGGCCGGGUUGACAGAGGCACAUAUCCUAAUCGGUAUAACAAUCACAGCAAAUCGUCACUGACUCGUACUGAUAAUCACGAGGUUUACUACUGUUUCACUUGUUUGACUGAUCGCCUUCAUCGUAAAAACAUUUGUACCCAUUGCAAACAGGCUGGUUUGAUUCCAAAAUUAUCUCGAGUUCAGAGGCAGUUUGAUUCCGCCCAGCCGGUAAAUAUGGCCGAACACGCCGAACUAUUACGCAGUGCUGCGAGAGGCCUGAGCGAGUUGAGUCAACAUUCGUCGGAUGAAGAUGAGGAUGAAAUGAGCUAUCAGGGAAGUAUGCCGUCAACCCUAGGGGGUCUGUCUUCACCGUACGAUUCUCAACCAGACCAGUCUAGUAGUGAAAGCCAACGAAGCAAUUCAAGUCAUCACACGUACACAAUGGACAGUGCCGGGGAUGUGGUGAAGCGCCUGACAGAACUCAGCAAGCAGGAACAAUCAAGUGCACAAAUGGACAGUGCAUGUUCACUGUCAAAUUCCGGUGAGUUGGUUUUUUCGGACAUUCAGCACGGACAUUCAAUGUAG